GCUUCAGAAUUUCCCACAUCUCCGGUCCCGAAUCUGAAUCUCGGCCUUAAACCCGAACGUCGCCAGUCCACCAGCCGAUUCUACCGUCCUGUAGGUAGAAUCGCAUUCCAUCAGUCGAAGAAAUGCCGCCUUCGCUUUCUAGACCGUCAAUAUGCGGCUUACAAUCCGCCCUCUCGUGCCGCAUCUCGACGACGACUAGGGCAGCAACAUCAUCCUCGCCAUGGCGGGUGUUCAGUACGACUCCCGUGGCCUCUCAGUCCUUUGCAGUGCCACCCGAAUCUCCCAAAUUCAUCACCAUGCCGGAGCCGCCCCAGUCCUCGGAGCCCAAACUGCCCCCGAUCAAGGGCCACCUCCCGGUCCCGCGCGACAUUUUCCCCGCCCGCGAGGGUAAACGCAAAGUGAAGGCCAGCUACAUCGAGUCCACCAUACCCCUCUCUAAGGCCGAGCUCGCCGGCGAACCCCCCAAAUCCGAGGAAGAGGCCCGGCGCCGGCUGAUGGCGGCCGCCCGCCGCAGCGCCUUCGCGACCGGCGUAAGAGGGCUGUACAUGCGCAAGUCGCUACGCGUGAAGCGGGUCACGGCGCGCGCCGAAGCCAAGCGGAAAGCCAACCUGGCGGCCGCGACGGCGCCCGAAAGGUUGGACGACGUGCUCACACGGCCGACGGUGCGCGCGGCGACGGCGCUGGAUACGACGGUCAAGCCGGACCCGGACCGGUUCGCGGCCGCCGAGGAGGCGCGAGCACGGGUUCAGCAGCAGGAGGAGCUCAAGGCGGAGGCGCGGCGAGACGCGUUGACGCAGCUGUACGUGGCGGCACAGGACUUCAUCGUGGACGAGGCCGAGCUGGAGGCGCGCGUCAACGCCAUCUUCACGGCGGACCACCACAAGUACGGCGGGCAUGACCGCGGACAGAGUAUCUGGGACGUGCACAGGGCGCCUAUCAGCGUGGCCGAGAUGCAGGCCGAGAUGGAUGGGUCGACGAACAACCUAAGAGACUUCAAGAGGACGCCGGUGACAAAGACGACGCUGAGACAAAAGGCUGUGGCGGAGGAGUUGACCGGCGGGAAGCUCUGAGAUGCCACUGGGCUUUGUUGCUACCAUCAUGCUGCAGUCGAGGGCUUGUGGCGGGUUGCUUUGGCCUGACGGCGAAUGUAUCAAACUGGAUGACGAGGUGUACUGUACAAAUAGAGUUAAGGCUGGCCACGGAUAUAUGCAUUGUAUAUGUUUCUAUUCGCGAAGAAGAACCAUAUGUACGGUGUACACCCAUUGCUACUAUGCGAUGCGUGCA